AUGCCUAACACCACACCAAGCAGCUAUACGGGGUUGAUAGAGUGGACGUCUACGCAGUCGUCAAAGACAAGGAAGCGGGAAUCUUCGCGCGCUUCGGGUAAAACAGUUGACGAGGUUGGCGAAGAAAUGCCAGAAAUGCAACUUUGUGACGGCGUCUGCGGUCAGAUGGUAUUUGUGGAAAAGAUGACAAAACUACCCUGUGCUCAUAUAUUCUGUCACAUCUGCUUGCCUGAAGGACAAAGAACACAUGCAAAGUGCACACCGCCGCCCACCAAAACAAUAAUAAAGUUGGCAAAUUCUAUACAAGGAACACAACGCUGGUCCAGCUCAUUGCGUUCCUUGCCAAAGAGGUUCUUCAAAAAGUUCGUGCAAAACCUAGCGAUAUAG